CUGUUUUGUAUGUGUAGGUAUACUUGAAGCAACAGAGAAUGGAGAGCAGUGGACCAGUAGUGCUAGUUACUGGUGGUGCUGGGUAUGUUGGUUCUCACACUGUUUUGGAGAUGCUCAAUCAGGGAUACACGGUGGUGGUGGUAGACAAUCUUGUUAAUUGUUAUAGAGCACCCAAUUCGGUGCUACCAGAAUGCCUCAAGAGGAUAGAGAAGCUGUCAGGGAAGAAAGUCAAAUUCUACGAACUUGAUAUUGGUGACAAAAGUGCGCUAUCAAAAGUUUUUUCUGAGAACAAAGUCAGUUGUGUGAUCCAUUUUGCCGCACUGAAGGCUGUGUCCGAGUCAUGUCAAUUGCCUCUAUUGUAUUACAGCAACAACAUAACGGGUUCAAUAACGUUGUUAGAGGUUAUGAAAGAAAACAAUGUCAAGAAUAUUGUGUAUUCUUCAUCAUCUACAGUUUAUGGGAUUCCACAGUUUCUGCCAUUGACAGAAAACCACCCGACUGGUCAAGGUUGUACAAAUCCUUAUGGGAAGUCAAAAUACUUUGUAGAAGAAAUACUUAAGGACGUUUGUCUUGCAGACAAUACAUGGAAAGUAAUUUCCCUACGGUACUUCAACCCUGUUGGAGCCCAUCCCUCAGGAGACAUAGGGGAGGACCCGGCCGGCAUACCUAAUAAUCUGAUGCCUUUCAUCGCUCAGGUAGCGGUGGGUCGAAGGGAACAACUGUUUGUGUUCGGAGAUGACUAUGAUACUCCAGAUGGCACAGGUAUCAGAGACUACAUUCACAUCCAGGAUUUGGUAUUAGGUCACUUGUGUGCCCUUAAGAAGUUAACAGACCCAAAGCUGAUAGGAUUCAAAACCUACAAUUUAGGAACUGGUUCCGGCCAUUCUGUAUUAGAGGUGGUGGAAGCAUUCAAUAAGGCCAGUAAAAGAUUGGUAAAGUACAAGGUGGUCGGCCGCAGGGAGGGGGAUGUAGCAGUGUCAUACUGUGACAGUAGUCUGGCCCGGGCUGAGUUGGAUUGGCAGGCAGUGAAAACACUACAAGAAAUGUGUGAGGACAUGUGGAGAUGGCAAAUGAAGAACCCUAAUGGCUUCCAAGGAAAUUCAUGAGACAAAUCGAGUCUAUCCACAAUUUUGUUGUCCGUUAUUAUAUAUUUCUAUUGACAUCAGGGUUGUAUGUACUUGUUACUUAUACUUAAGACAUUCCUUUUUCAUUUACUUAAUACAGUGGGACAUCAAUGGGUGCAAUUCAAUUCUAUCAAUGUUAAGCAUUGAGAUAGGUUUAGACACUGUAAUUUAUUAGUUACCAUGAUAUGCUAGUCUACAAUGAGGUAUUGCUAAGUACAAAACAGGUCCAAUUUAGUGAUUAGGAUUACAAUAGUAAGACGCACAGACUGAUUCCUCCAGUUUUAAAUUCAAAAUUUUUUUGUGAUACAAGAUAUUUAUUAGUUGUUAAUUAAAGUUGUAUCAAUUGUGCAUGUACCUCUUUGAUAUGUUCUUCCGUAUCCUUAACUGUUUUUAAGCUCUUAAUUUUUCAUCUCAUCAUUCGGCUGAAAUUAAAAGUACACCAUAUGUUCAUUUGACUUUUACUAUAGCUGGAUUUAUUGCCGCUUACUGAAAAUACAAGUGCUAUAUGCUUGGAUGUUCAGUAUUUAGAGUAGGUCAUACCAUAUACCUAUAGUCGGCAAUACAAAAUUGUUAAAUGACAUUUAAGCAUUGCUAGAAGGCAGGAUUGUUUAAUCCAUUGGCAUGCUAAUUUUUAAUGAUGUUUUAGGCCUUAUGAAUCAAUAAUUUUCAUGGUUUUGCUAGAUUUACAAACAAACUCCAAUAGGUUAAGAUCUUUAGGAGAAAUAGUUAUGAUACUUCACACUUUUUAAGUGUUUUAAAUUGAUUAAAUUUAAAAAUAUAUUUAACUUACUAUAUUGACCAUUGUAAAAUACAUUAUGUCACCCCACAAAAAAAGUUUUUGAGAAACAGUAUUUUUUAUAUUAACAAUAUUUAACUUUUAUUGCUAAGUAACAUGGUAUUUUACACUGCAUCGACUACACUGUUUUAAAUAUCCAGAGCAUGUAAAUGCUGGUCCAUAUGACAAGAGAGACAAGGUAUUAUUCUUGAGCCCACUUAUAACUUAUAUCCAACUUUAAUUACAAUUACAAUAAAAUAUGUAUUAUUCCCAAACUAGCCAUGUUCCAAAAAUAAAGGUCGUACUGUUCUUUGUAUUACAGUAUUGAGUAAAUUAGAAAUUUUUGUGUGUGAGGUGAUUGUGCACAACUCUGUUUACAAUUUUCUUCUCUAUGGUUUCAAGUAUUUGACUAAUCUAAAAAUUUAGGCCUAUACCUCAAUUAGUAUGUAUUAUGUAGUUAAACCCUGAUGUACCGAUGUCAUGAGUUAAAAAAUGUUGACCUUUAAAAUUAGUUGAUAAUUCUUUACACUAUGAGAUCUUAAAAGUAAAAACACAAAUGUAUGUAAAAUUAAUUUACACUUGUUUAAAAAACAGAUUUUCCAGCAAGUUUUAUAGAGUACCUUAAAUACUUGUAUCAGCAUUCAGUAAUUAAAGGUUGUUGGUGGUAUAUAAAAAAAGUUGGGUUAAAUAUUUCAGUUGGAAUUAUUUUAUUUAUAUUAUAUGGAUUGCUUUCAGGGUUUGUUGUAUAAUUAGUUAGUUAAAUGUGAUUCUUUAUUUAUAUACAAAUGUAAAUAAAGUUGUUAUUGUUGGAAA